CGGUGCUGGGGACUAGAACCCAGGGUCUGUGCCUGCCAGGCAAGCACUCUGCCAACUGAGCCACCUCCCCAGCCCCAAGAUGGCCUUUUCCCAAGGGAACGGACGGAGCUCGCCCUCCUGAGGACCGAGGCUAGCAAAUCAGCAGCUUCCCUUCUUCAUUUAAAAAAGGUUCGUUUAACGAAGGUUCUGUCUGUGAGCCUGCGCCCAGCCAAGACUUCGGGUCCUGCGUGGCGACCGUCCUCCCCUCGAGGGUACCCACUGCCCGCCCUCCGGGCCCUGGCCCUCCGCCCCGGCCGCGCCCCUGGCGCAGCCCCUUUUGGCACCGCGGCUCCCAGGUGCCCGGCGCAAAGGCGGAGCCAGAUUGCAGCCGCCUGGGUGGCGCCACCGAGACCCCCGGGUGUUUGCGGGUCCCGGCACUCCGGCUGCGACUCCCGCAGCAUCCCCGGCCGCGGCUCCAGCAUCCCCGGGAACCCGAGGCUCUCCGGCCGUGCACAGCCCGCGGACGCCACCACCAUGAGCGCGGGGCCGCGAUGGCCGGCACCCGGCAGCCUGCCUGCGCUCUGCGCCGCGCUGCUCCUGCUGGGUCUGCAGCCGCCCCCCGUGAGCGCCGAGGGGAAACUCUUCCUGCUGGAGUCCCAGAACGGCUCUCAGGGCCUGGACCUGGAGGCCGCUCGGCUCUCCUGCAGGAGCAGGGGUGCCCACCUGGUGUCUGCUGGAGAGCUGAGGAGGGUGGUCCAAGACUGCGCCUUCGCAGUGUGCACAACAGGCUGGCUGGCCGACGGCACCCUUGGGACAACUGUGUGCAGCAAAGGCAGCGAUGAACAGCAAAUCGCCAGAGCCGUUGAUGUGAGAAUUGACAGCCGCCCAGUUCCUGGUGCCAAGUACAAUGCUCUUUGUAUUAAGGAUGAAGAGAGGCCCUGUGGAGACCCACCAUCAUUCCCACACACCAUCCUCCAGGGUCGCACUGGCUUGGAGAUGGGGGAUGAGCUGCUGUAUGUGUGUGCACCAGGCUCCGUCACAGGACGUGGAGAAACUGCCUUCACCUUGCUGUGUAACAGCUGUGGGGAGUGGUACGGACUGGUUCAAGCCUGCGGGAAAGAUGAGGCCGAGGCCCAUAUUGACUAUGAAGACAAUUUCCCUGAUGACAGAUCCGUGUCAUUCAGGGAACUCAUGGAGGAUUCCCGGGCAGAGGGAGAAGAGGAAAAGGCUCAGGAGGAUGCCUCUGAGGAGACACCAAAACAAGACCAUCUGGUCCUCACUUCUGUGUCUAAAGAGAACAUAGCCCAGGAAAAUGCCUUUGUGCCUACCACAGGCUUGCCCGGCCCUGGGAGCAGGGUCCACACAGACUGGCCCAGAUCCCGCCUCAACAGGAAAUACUCACUCUGGUUUCCUGCUGAGACUUUCCACAAGCCAGAGCUGGAAAAGGAAGUGGGGGAUGAGACCAAAGAUCCACUUCCUGCUGGAGACAAUCACAGUGAAGGAAAACUGGUCCCAGGGGAGUCUGAAACCAGGCUGGUCUAUGCCGCCACCUACAGCCCCUCAGAGCCGUUUGUGGAUAGGAAUGACAGCAAGGCAGAGGACCCGGUGGUGAGCAGCAGUGACGAUUCCUGGUUAGAUGGCUACCCUGUGACAGAUGGGGCCUGGAGGAAGGUGGAGGCAGAGCGGGAGCAUGAUGGGUCAGUGGGACUGGAUGAAAGUGUUCUCAUAACCCCCGAUCAGCCCACCGGGAAAGUUAAGGAGCAGAAGAAUUCCACCACCGCACCUAGCAAGUCUGUGGGAGACAGUUCAGUUGUUCCUUCUCAAAUGCUCAAUGUAGAGGCUCUGGUUCCCGGACCCAUGGAUAUGUCUGAGACUGAGGGUCCCUACACCAGGGAUGGUGAUUUGACUAAGUAUCAGUCAACUGUACCCCGCAGAAUCACCACGGAGCGGUCACCUACGGCCACCUUACCCUAUGAACUUACCACCUCCACCGGAGAGACAGUACCAACAACUCUGCGGCAGACACUUGAACUCAUCCCCUCGACUAGUGUGGAGGCCACCCAGCCUCCAGCGGAGGCCACCCAGCCUCCAGCGGAGGCCACCCAGCCUCCAGCGGAGGUCACAGCUCCUGAGAUUCAGGACAGCUUCCCAUACCUGUUGUCUGAGGACUUCUUGGGACAGGAGGGCGCUGGGCCUGGUGCAGGCGAGGAGAAACUCCCAACCUUGGCACCAUGUGUGGGGAAUGAGUGCCCCAGCUUAAGGAGAGGCCCAGUGAUCGCCAUCAUUGUCACUGUCCUGUGCCUGCUGCUGCUCCUGGCAGUCGUGGGAGCUGUCUGGGGUUACCGCAGGUGCCAGCACAAGAGCUCUGUGUACAAGCUGAAUGUCGGACAGCGGCAGGCUAGACACUACCACCAGCAGAUUGAGAUGGAGAAGGUCUAGCCUCUGUCAGCAUGGGCUCUCACAAGGCCACGUGGAGGAAGAUUAACUGUGACCCAUCACACUGAUUAUUCUCAGGAUCGGAGGUGGAAAGGGUUCACCCUCUGAAGUUCAAGUCUUUCUUCUAUCUGCUAAGAAGUGUCUCUGGAGGCAUGUGGAGGGCAGAAAGGGUCUGGUGGAGUCACCACACAUGCCAAGGCCUUCUCAACCACGUGCUCUGGAAUUCAUCGCCCAAAUCACAGACCUCUGCUUUGGCUCUAUUCCAAUAUAAGGGUGGAUUGUUGUUGGAAUCACCUUUUAUCUUACCACACUAAUGUCUUUUCAUCUUUAGAGAGAGAGAGAGAGAGAGAGAGAGAGAGAGAGAGAGAGAGAGAGAGAGAGAAUCACAGACUCCGGGCCCUGAAAUGUAUGAAAUAGUUUUGAUAAACCAUGUGUUUAAGGCCACGUUAGGAAACAAAUGUCCAGUUGUGGAACGGGACGGGGAAGGGUCAUGCUGUUUCCUGUUAGUGUGAUGUUGCUGAGGACAAAUGAGUCAGGAGCCGGAAUGUACUUCAUAAACUUUGGUGUUUCUUUUUUUGUUUGUGGAAAUUGGAGAGAAUUUAAGACUGCCAUUUUGCCUCGGGGUAUGAGGAGCGAACAGGUACGUGCCCACCCUUGGUCCCGCGGUUGUGGGACAGCCCAUUGUUUUCCUUUAAGAACAAUGUGAACUUGGUGCCAAUGAGGAUGACAUUCGGUGUCCUUGUCUGGUCUGUGCCUACAAAUGCCUUGGGAUUGCUACCAGGGCUGAUGACAAUACCCAACUCUUAGUCUCCUCUCUCAGGAUUAACUGUUUCUCUGAACUCCAGUAAAAGGGAUGAUGUGGACGGGAAAGAAUCUUGGAAGAAGCUCAAAGACUGAUAUAUCAAGUAUGGGUGCCUGUUCGAUGGAGGAGGAAUGAAAAUGGACAUGGGUUGCCCUGGGUUGAUCUGUCCCAGCCAUUUCCACCAAGUGGCAUCUCAACGGCUGUCAUUUCUAGAAGGAUGGUCCUCAGAUCAGCGGCCCAUCACAGGGGGAUUUGGUGAAGAUGUAAAUCCUUUAGUCUCAUCCCAGAUUCAGCAAGCCAAAUGCCUGGGGCUGGGCUGGCUCUGAGCUCAAACCAUGGCUCUGAUGUACAUUCAUACUAAGAGCCAUUGGCUUCUGUCAUCUGUGGUGAUCUUGGAACCCAGGAAGCCUGGAGACAGGGAGGUGAGUACCUCAUGUACUGUCUAGCUUGACCUCAGCAUCUCGACAGCAGCGUGUGAAGUGUCACUUCCGGCUGUCUCCAGGGUAUUAGCCCAGAAGUCAGCACACCAUGCUUUUCUAUCUGAAUUCCUUCCUGAAGGCGUGAAAGUGAUGGAGGCUAUAUAUUUAUUCUGAGGCACCAUGGGAGUGUCUACUUUUGUAUGGCACAGGAAAUCCUGGUACAUGUCUUUAUUGGUGGUGGCUUUACUGUUGAAAAGCAGGUGACAGGGAAUGUGGCUUAGUGGCAAUGACUGUCUGGCAGGUGUGAGGCCCUGGGUUCAAACUCUGGUACCACCAGAACAAAAACAUUGGUGAUGGUAUUUUACCAAAGGAAGAAAAAAGAUCUCAUGAUAUAUCUUCUGCGCUGUCACGUGUUUGAUGUGAGCUUUGGAAAACGACAAUAUAACACCAUACAAAAUCCCAACGACCGUAAUGGCCGUUGAAGGCCUGAGGGAGCCUGCUAGAAUAGCUCCGCUUCAGAGGAAAUGGAGAGGAGGGAGAAGAUGCUUUCUGUACGUAGCCAAAGAAGAACUCGAUGGAGUAAACCCAGAGACUGUAUAUUUUUAAAUUAGAGUCUAAUCUCUUGUGAGGUAGCGUUUCUAUUUUUAUUCCUAGUUAUGUAAAAUAGCCUCUGACUCCACAUGGGGGUUCUGUCAGUAACUAAAAUUAACCCGGAACACUGAAUUUAUAUCAACACAUGAGUAGAUGGCAUUAAUACAAGUGAAUUAAUAAGUUUAUUGUAAAUUAUUAACACAUCAAUGCAUUCUUUUGUAGACAUGGACUGUAAAGUAAGCUCAGUGCAUCAGCUCGUAAAUUUCAAUGAUCUGUUGUCAUCUAAAUAAGAUGAAAGAACAUGAGCCUGCAUGUCGGGAGGACACGUGUAGCUAGCUCACUAGGAACCCAAGCUGCCACUGCCAAUGCUUGGAGAAUGGGGAGGGAAAGGGUUUCCUUAAUAUAAAGCUUUUGAUAUAUUUAAAAUAAACAGUUAUUUCCCACAAA